AUGUGGCAGCCUGACCCAACGUGCCGCACUCCUCAUAGCAAACAAACACUGUUUCGACCUCCUUGCAUCCUUAAGGCAAUCGGUGCGAUGCAUGCGUUCCGGGUUGCACGACUGCGUGCGGCCCUCUGCAUCCGAUCAGCAGUACAAGCACUCGAUUACGCGUGCUGGCAGCAAAAGCCUGUGUUGCUCUUACUGUCUUGA